CCGAGGGAGGGGUUUUCCGUUGCCGGCCCUGGGCCCGGGCCUUGCCAGGAGAGUGCGUGCGCUCGCCGCCGCCCCAAGACCCCCUUGCCUCCUCCCAUGGGGGGCGCGUGAGACCCCCAGCCUCUCCUGCCCCUCCCGCGGGGAUUGGGCGGUUUGACCCAGUACCCAGCGGAGAUGACGGAAUACAAACUGGUGGUGGUGGGUGCUGGUGGUGUUGGGAAGAGUGCAUUGACCAUACAGUUGAUCCAGAAUCACUUUGUGGAUGAAUAUGAUCCAACUAUAGAGGAUUCCUACCGGAAGCAGGUGGUAAUCGAUGGAGAGACAUGCCUCUUGGAUAUCCUGGACACGGCUGGGCAGGAGGAGUACAGUGCCAUGCGUGACCAAUAUAUGAGGACAGGAGAAGGCUUCCUUUGUGUCUUUGCAAUCAACAACACAAAGUCUUUUGAAGAUGUUCACCACUACAGAGAACAGAUCAACCGUGUGAAGGAUUCUGAUGACGUUCCCAUGGUGCUUGUUGGCAAUAAGUGUGAUCUCCCCUCUCGGACAGUAGAUACUAAACAGGCUCAAGAGCUUGCCAGAAGCUAUGGAAUUCCCUUUGUAGAGACCUCUGCCAAAACCAGACAGGGAGUGGAGGAUGCUUUCUACACCCUCGUGCGAGAAAUCCGAAAACACAAAGAAAAGAUCAGCAAUGGGCGCAAGAAGAAAUCUUCCAAAAGGAAGUGUGUUAUCCUCUGAAGGAGGAGAGACUUUAUGGCACUAUUGGGAGUGCAGAAAAACCCUUUGGAGUUUGGGUUUUUUCCCUCCCAAGUGGCAAGAUAAAUUCUGAAGGCCAUGCCCCCUCACCCUUUUUGGCUGGAAGGAGAAAGCAGCGGAGCUCUCCAAAACGUCUAUUAUUUUCUUAUUUUUAAAACUGGGACACCUCAUCAGAUAUGUGGAGGAUUUGUAACCACAUUUUAUGUUCCUGUCACUUCUCCCGCCCCCCCCCCUUUAAAGAUCAUUGUGUUUCCAGUCCUUAGGAUUAUAGAGGUCACUCCCUAAAAAGUGGCCUGAUGUAGCUCAAUCCUGCCAAUUAGAUGGAAGUUAUAGCAUGAAGGCAACGUCCCAGUCAGAAACUUAGGGGCCUUUCUUAUUUUGUAGCGUUUUCCCCUUCUUUGGUUCUCGGCAAGACUGAAGAGCGAGCCAAAUAGACUUGGUGCCACGUUUCUUGCUGGCAGAAUAAGGGGGUCACUUUGGGUGGAGGUGAUCUCAUGGAGGUGGCAGUCAGAAAUGCCAAGAUAGAAAAUGUGGAAAGCCAAACCCUCUGUGUAGCUGAAUACUGCAUCCCAUUGUUUUGAAAUAGAUGGUGCUCAGUUCUUUUUCUUCUGGGUGGCUGAGUUGUGUAUUUUGUUGUUUCUCUUUCUAGUUUUGUUUGUUUGGGCCGUUCCGCAUAACUUCUGAGCAAAGGCUCCUGUUUGCCUUCGAAUGAUAGGCUCACCACGUUUUAUAAAGAGUGUGUGGUGUGGGGAGUUCAAAGUGAAAAAGAGUGUGGUAUUUUGGUUACUAGUAAAAACAGCUAUUUCCAUCCAGAGGCAAUAGCAUUUAAUAACUUUGUAAAACCAACAGUUCAUCUCUGGAAAUGGCUGAACAUUGACAUCAAGAGAAACAUCCUAAUAUAACUAGCUGCUGCUCCCUCCUUUACUAAAUGGUUGUCCAUGCUUGGAGUAAAAUGGUUGACACUCUUUAGAAACAAGUGAGAAAUUUGAUCCAAAGGUCUUAGUCUCCUCUUGUCCCCAAAUGUUUUGCCUACUCCUUAGGUGGGACAUAACAAUUCCUUAAAGACUAGCAGGGAGAAACCAAGAAAAGUCAUAAUUAACCUUGAAAAUUAUCCCGCAAGUGAUUAAAUAAGGCAUCAGUUUCCAUCCUAACGUAUAUUCAACCUUCCCCCUAAAAACACUCAGAAUCCUAUGUUAUCUGAUUUGGUCUUUUCCCACAGUCCUAAGGAACUGUACAAUUAAACCCAUCACUGGGAAUAAACCUGUGAAUAAGCUAACUGAUCUGUGAGGUCUGAUGUCUGUGGGAUGUCUAUUUCCAAACAAUAAACAGUGAAGCAAUCUC